AAACCAGGCGUAUUGGCCGCCGCCCCAGUCGUAGCCUCCCCAUUGGCUUACACUUCGCCAUUGGCUUACUCGGCCGCUUACACCGCCCCUGUUGUGAAGGCUGCCUACGCUUCUCCAUACGCUUACGCCGGAGGAUAUGCCGCCCCACUUGCUUACUCCGGUCACCAGGUUGCCUACUCUGCCCAUCCAGCCGCCUACGCUGCUCAUCCAGCCGCCUACGCUGCUCAUCCAGCCGCCUACUCUGCUUACCCAGCUUACACCGCCCCAAUCGUCAAAUACUACUAAAUACCUUUAACGUAUUUUCAAAGACAAAACUUGUU